AUGCCGUUCGUCAAGGUCGUGAAGAACAAGGCGUACUUCAAGCGCUUCCAGGUGAAGUACCGCCGUCGCCGCGAGGGCAAGACGGACUACCACGCACGCCGCCAGAUGGUGCUGCAGGACAAGACGAAGUUUGGCUCACCCAAGUACCGCCUUGUUGUGCGCACGACGAACAAGGACAUCAUUGCGCAGAUCGUGCAGGCGAAGAUCGCCGGCGACGAGGUGCUGAUGGCUGCGUACGCGCACGAGCUGCCUGCGUUCGGGAUUGAGCACGGCCUGACGAACUACGCUGCGGCGUACGCGACGGGCCUGCUGCUGGCGCGCCGCACGCUGGCGAAGUUGGGCAUCGCGGACAAGUUCCAGGGCGCGAAGGAGGCGGACGGCUCGUACUCUGCUGUGCGCACGAAGAAGGACGACCAGGGCGACGACGAGGCGCGCUUCCCGUUCAAGGCGAUCCUGGACGUUGGUCUUGCGCGCACGACGACGGGUGCCCGCGUGUUCGGCGUGCUGAAGGGCGCUGUGGACGGCGGCAUCUCGGUGCCGCACCGCCCCAACCGCUUCCCCGGCUACAGCAAGGAGAAGAGCGCCCUGGACGCGAAGGUGCACCGUGACCGCAUCUUCGGCAAGCACGUUGCGGAGUACCUGAAGCAGGUGAAGGAGGAGGCGAGCUCGAACCCUGACGAGAAGUGCGUGCAGUUCUCGAAGUACAUGGAGGCGAAGGUUGCGCCAGAGAGCAUCGAGUGCAUGUACAAGAAGGCACACGCGGCGAUCCGCGCGGACCCGUCGAAGUCGCUGCCGAAGAAGGCGAAGAAGGAGGGCGCCAAGCACAAGAGCUACAAGACGAAGAAGAUGAGCGGCGCGGAGAAGAGGGCCGCCGCGAAGGCGAAGGUCGCCGCCAUUCGCGAGCGCCUUGGCAAGUGA